GGGCAGCCCUGGGUUUGGGGACUGGCCGCCGGCACUCACAGUUCUUCCCGACUCCGGGGGAGCAGCCAGAGCCUCUCACAGCUACCCGGGAGCCCCCACUGCCCCACACCCUGCCACACUUCGGGCAGGUACAUCGCUAGCUGGUUUCUUGCAGGACUGAUGCAAAUGGGAAUGUGCCCUCCUCUCCCAAGUCUUAACUUUUGAAGGCCACUGGCAGCCAGCUACUUGAUCAUAAUGUAUCACCCUGUUUUCCCAGCCCUCAAAGCAACCCCCUGCAGCUCAGGAAGGCAGAAGCACCUCGAUGAUUGCAAGAUGGGGGCCCUUUUCCUUGGAAAACAUAGGAUGAGUGGCAGUAAAAUAUCCCCGCUGCACUCACUCCUUUCCUAGGAGAAGGUGUUGAGGCCCCACUGGGGUAAUGACUCAUUCAAGGUUACGUGGUGUCCCUGGCCUGGACAGGAAGGACCACACUUUUUAGUUCCCAAUCCAGUACCCUGUCCUUGUCCUCCACUGUGUCAGACUUCUCACUAAAGGUUUUCGUGUCAAUUUCUUAAUUUAAAAAAGAGAGGAAAAAAUUCAUCGUCGGAUCAGUUAUUAGAUGGCUGCUUCUGGGCUUUUUUGGCGAACUUCAAGUCUUCAGUUUUGGUAGAUUUAUUUUAUCUCCCUGUCAGAGCAGGUGAGACAGCCGGGGAGAAGUAAGGCCUGAAAGGGUCCAGCCUCGCAGUGUGAGGGAGGCAGUGUGGAUCACAGAAGAAAGCCGGUGCUCUGUCUUCCCAGGACCUCGCCUCUGCCUUACGUGUAAUUGGUUCAAUUUGUGAACGCUGUGUAAUGAUUUUAUCACAUGCACCAUCCCGUUCCUCCACACAGCCUUCCCUCCUUCUGGUUGGUGGCAUCGGUCCUGUUUCACAGAUGGAGAAACCAGGACUCAAGCUGACCAGUUUUCCUGAGGGUUUAGCAGUGUGGAGCCCAAGGCCUGAGGCCCCAAGAUUGCAUGCUGCUAUUGCCUAAGGAAGCCGCUUACUGCAGCGAGCCAGGCUCGGGGUUUGCCACUUCACAGUGCAUUUCCUCCCAGUUUCUUCCUUUGCACACGCUGACUACUUGCUCAACACGGGGCUUAUUAUUUGACUCAGUUGUUUCAGAGGAUUGGGUCAAGAAAACCAGCCAAGGCUGUUUGGAAAUAAGCCAUAUGUGGACCUGCCCUGCACCUGCUGAAUCACAGCUGCAUUUUCUGGGUGAUGUGAGUAGAGGACGGAGGACCAGUGCUGAGGUUCGAGCCUAGAACCUUUGCCCGGGCCACAACCCCGGACCCAGGAUCCAUGCUUAAUCCCUACACUGAGCCCUUGCACCCAGGCCUUUGGAAGAUGCUCACGGUGGCCAUGUGCGUGGCCCUCGUGGGCUGCCUGCAGGCCCAGGAGCUCCGGGGACACGUCUCCAUCGUCCUGCUGGGAGCGACCGGGGACCUGGCUAAGAAGUACUUGUGGCAGGGACUGUUCCAGCUCUACCUGGACGAGGUGGGGAAGGACCAUAGUUUUAGCUUCCAUGGGGCUGCUCUGACGGCACCCGAGCAGGGCUGGAAGCUGAUGGCCAAGGCCCUGGAAUCCCUCUCCUGCCCCAGUGACAUGGCACCUAGUCACUGUGCUGAACUCAAGGAUCAGUUCCUGCGCCUGAGCCAGUACCGCCAGCUGAAGACAGCCGAAGACUAUCGGACACUGAGCAAGGACAUUGAGGCACAGGUCAAGCAAGAGGACCUCCGGGAGGCUGGCAGGAUUUUCUACUUCUCCGUGCCACCCUUUGCCUAUGUGGACAUUGCCCGCAACAUCAACAGCAGCUGCCGGCCAGGCCCGGGUGCCUGGCUGCGGGUUGUCUUUGAGAAACCCUUUGGCCAUGACCACCUCUCUGCCCAGCAGCUGGCCACUGAACUUGGGAGCUUUUUCCAGGAGGAGGAGAUGUACCGGGUGGACCAUUACCUGGGCAAGCAGGCUGUGGCUCAGAUCCUGCCCUUCCGAGACCAGAACCGCAAGGCCCUGGAUGGCCUCUGGAACCGGCACCAUGUGGAGCGGGUGGAGAUCAUCAUGAAGGAGACCGUGGAUGCAGAAGGUCGCAUCAGCUUCUACGAGGAGUACGGCGUCAUCCGAGAUGUCCUGCAGAACCACCUGACCGAGAUCCUCAUGCUGGUGGCCAUGGAGCUGCCGCUCAAUGUCAGCAGCUCGGCGGCCGUGCUGCAGCACAAGCUCGAAGCCUUCCGUGGCCUGAGGGGCCUGAACAAGGGCAGCGCCGUGGUGGGCCAGUACCAGGCCUAUAGCGCGCAGGCACGCAGGGAGCUGCAGAAGCCCGAGGGCUUCCACAGCCUGACUCCCACCUUCGCAGGUGUCCUCGUGCAUGUGGACAGCCUGCGCUGGGAGGGUGUGCCCUUCACCCUGAUGUCUGGCAAGGCCCUGGACGAGAGAGUGGGCUAUGUGCGGGUCCUGUUCAAAAACCAGGCGUUCUGCAUCCAGCACGAGAGGCACUGGGCCCCAGAGCAGAGCCCGUGUCUUCCCCGGCAGAUCAUCUUCCACAUCGGACAUGGUGAGCUGAGCCACCCAGCCAUCCUGGUCAGCCGGAACCUGUUCAGGCCCUCCCUGCCUGCACACAGCUGGGCGGAAGUGCAGGAGAGGCCCGGGCUCCGAGUGUUGGGUCGCCCCCUGUCUGAUUUCUAUGCCUACAGCCCCUUGAGGGAGCGAGACGCCUACUCCAUCCUCCUGUCCCACAUCUUCCACGGCCGGAAAGAAUCCUUCAUCACCACAGAGAACUUGCUGGCUUCCUGGGAUUUCUGGACCCCGUUGCUGGACAGCCUGGCCCAUGAGGUCCCGCGCCUCUACCCGGGGGGAGCAGACACCGGCUGUCUGUUGGACCUGGAGUUAAAUGGGGGCCACCUGUCCUUCUCCCAGCAGCAGCCCGAGCAGCUGGUCCCAGGGCCGGGGUCGGCCCCCAAGCCCAGUGACUUCCAGGUCCUCAGGGCCAGGUACCGAGAGAGCCCGCUGAUCUCGGCCUGGCCUGAGGAGCUGAUCUCCAGGCUGGCCAGCGACAUUGAGGCCUCUGCCCUGCAGGCCGUGCAGCACUUCGGCAAGUUCCACCUGGCGCUGUCGGGUGGCUCCAGCCCCAUCGCCCUGUUCCAGCAGCUGGCCAUGGGCCACUACAGCUUCCCCUGGGCCCACACACACCUCUGGCUGGUGGACGAGCGCUGCGUCCCGCUGUCGGACCCUGACUCCAACUUCCAGGGCCUGCAGGCUCACCUGCUGCAGCACAUCCGCUUGCCCUACUACAAUAUCCACCCCAUGCCGGUGCACCUGCACCAGCGGCUGUGCGCGGAAGAGGACCAGGGUGCCCAGACCUAUGCCGGGGAGAUCUCGGCCCUGGUGGCCAACAGCAGCUUCGACCUGGUGCUGCUGGGCAUGGGCACCGAUGGGCACACGGCCUCCCUCUUCCCGCAGUCGCCCACGGGCCUGGACGGCGAGCAGCUGGUGGUGCUGACGCAGAGCCCCUUCAGGCCGCACCAGCGCAUGAGCCUCAGCCUGCCGCUCAUCAACAGGGCCAAGAAGGUGGCCGUCCUGGUCAUGGGCCGGACAAAGCGUGACAUCACCAUGCUGGUGAGCCGUGUGGGCCAGGAGCCCAGGAAGUGGCCCAUCUCAGGCGUGCUUCCCAGCUCCGGCCAGCUGGUUUGGUACAUGGACUACGAAGCCUUCCUGGGGUGACAGGGCGUCCUUGCUUGCUCACUCCUGGGUCUCUCGAACCUGCCACCCCCCUCCCUCCUAGUGCCCCACCUGCCUCCUGGUGCCCGCUCCCAGGGUCCCUGCUCUCUGGACGCUGAGGUGAGGCCCCAGGCCCGUGGGUGGUCGCUCCUGCUGGGUGUCGGUGGGAGGACACAGAAACGGACAUGGAGCCUGGCUCUUGGGAGAUCUGACUCGGGUCAGGAGAGAAGCUAAGACGCUCCCUGCAGGAUCCACCAGCAAAAUACCAGGAACAGGCUGGGGGGUGCAGCUCAGCGGAAGAGCACUUGCCUGGCACGUGUGGGGCCCUGGGUUCUAUCCCCGGCACUGCCAAAAAAUAAAAAUUGAAAAAAGAAAGAAGGACGAGGAGAAGGCCCCGCGUUCAGAAGUAGGAACGUGGGGGCCUGGGUUGAUGGGGAAUUGGCCUGGGAGAGGCUGGCCUGGAACUGUCUCCGUGCAGAAGAGGGGCCUGAGUUGGUAACGGGAAGGGCCUGGAGACCCCCGUGGGUGCAGUGCUCGUGAGCUGCUCAGCCCGCCUCCCCAGCCGCCCCGGGUCAGGCUCGGCACACACCGCCCGCCCUCUGCUCCUCUCUCCAGCACCUCCACCUGCUCUGCCCCGGGUCCUCUGAGUUUCCUGUCCCUCCCUUCCCUGUCCCUUGCUGUCCCCCAGCCAGUCCUUCUGCAGAGAGGUAACUGAGAUGUCAAAAAAGGCACCCUGAGACUUCUGACUGGCGUCAGGGGCUCCUUUUCUCUGUCAAGAGCCUCGAGGUCUGGGGCAGGGGCCUGGCUCCCCACCUUCUCCACCUGCUGCUUCUGCUGAAGGUCUUGCUCUGGGAAACACAGGGUGCACAGAAAUGGCAUCCUGGGACCCCAAAUUCUAGAGGGUGAUUACAUCUUGGAGCUACCCGGUGAAAGCACUGGUUUUAUCAGAAAGCUCUACCAAUCAUCCUCUGAUGGGGAAGAUGCGACAUCAGGUGACACCAGGCCUUCGGUAUCUCUGAUCCACUUGAGAGCCAGGCCCCUGCUAGGUGGCUGCAGCUCUUGGGCCUUUCUGAGGGCUCAGGUGGCCAACAGGACAGCGCAGCCAGCCCUCCUCUGACUGCCUCCUGGGCAGCCUGGGCCUUGAGCUGGUGACUUCCAUCUGUGGGUCCCUCUGGCCCCCUCCCUCAUCCCUGUCUGAGACCCUGGGGAAGGAGGUAGCAGCCCCUCUGUCACCCCGGAUGGGGUCCCCCCUCCCUGGAAGCUGUGGGCCGGCGUCAUCUAUUUUUCUGAACCUCCCAGAAGAGGCUCUGAAAUUGUUUUUAAGGAAGCCAAUAACAAAAAGCACAACUCCCAAGACCCAGGGCUUGGAAUGGUUGAGCCAGGUCUGUGUGACUGUCCCCCGCCUGUGUCCCGCUGCUCAAAGUCCUAGUGAAUUGCGGUUUUUAUUUGGUGAGGAGCAGCUACUUUGGAUUGUUUACACUUUCUUCCAGGCCAUGCACGUGUGUGGGGGCCUAGCCCGGGCUCCUUGUGAAAGGCAGCCUUGUUCACAUCCUGCUUACCCUGGUCCCCAGGACGUCUCUAUACCGAGAAAGCUUCCCUGGCAGAGCUGAACCCAGGCCCAGGCGGGGAGGAGACACAGGGCGGUGUCUGGGAAGUUCCGCCACUGGCCACCCGGGGGCGCCCACGCACUGCCACCUGACUGGCCGUGGGGUACCUGUCCUGUGGUCAGCCCGCCAGGGUCCUGGGCCCCACCCCUCGCCUAUCUGUCCUCUAGGGACACAUCUCUGUGGCAGCAACGGCGGGGUCGCUGUGGAAAAGGCUGGACAGGCAUUGUGUAAUACUGAGUCGCUGCCGGGCCUGAGCCUUGGGUGUCCUGUUCUUAAGUGGAGGACCCCUGGUCCUCCGCCCCGGGUCGGGAGGAGAGGGGCUGGAACCAAGACCACCUCACAGGUGCUGUGCCAGCCUUGUGGACCAUGACCUGCAACGAGAACCACGCUUCACACUGCCAGUCAGGCAUACCUGGGUCUAAAUCUGCGUCUUCAAGUUUCACAAAGGGCGUUCCUCCUCACAUCUUGAUUUUCUAUUUUUCAUUAAAAAAUGCUGUUUGCGGGCCGGGGAUUUAGUUCAGUGGUUUCACUGCCUGCUGCGCAAGCACAAGGACCUGAGUUCGAUCUCUGGUACAAAAAAAAAAAAAAUGCUGUUUGCAACCCACUAAAGUGAGCUGGUGCAGAGUUUGAAAAAUAACAACAGCCCUUGGGCUGGGAUUUAGCUCAGUGGUUCUGCCGCCUGGCUAGCAAGCACAAGGUCAUGAGUUCAAUCCCCGGUACCAAAAAAAAAAUAGCAUUGUGAAUAACAACAGCCCUUGUCCAGCUUUCUACCUGGCCCGGCUGCCGAGGGAAGGCUCCAGGCCACGGCGGGGACAGAAUGCAGCCUCCUCAUCCAACCCAGCCGCCUCUGUCUCCAGCCUGGGCCAGGGGGACCUGGAACCCCGGGUGGGAGCAUCCCAUCUGCACACCACAGCAAAUGGCACAGGGGCCCCUCUUGAGGGACCUGGCCCAUGAGCACCCCAGGGGCGACAAGUUAUCCCCAGCUGUGGUGGGGAACGAAUCGAGGGGCUUUCUAGGCUGUCUCGAGCUAGACUCUGAUUUUGGGUCUGGGGGCAAAUGCUUCCGCCAACUGCAAGUCAAACAGUCUCACCUUGUUGGUUUUCCCCGCUUUUUGCUGCGCUGUAGGAAACAUUGUUUUUCCUCUAGGGCCCCACAUUAGCAGCAUAAUGCCAGCUUCCUCCGGCCUGGACCGAUACUUCCUAUGCUUCAGUGUCCCUUCAGGGGGGCUCUCUUUUCUCGCUUCCUUCCUGCUUCCUUCCUGUCUUUCUGGGGAUGGUGGGAUGGAGCAAGGCAGGGAGCUCCCUGGAGGACCUCAUGGGGCUGCUUCCGAGAAUGCAGCUUUCAGGCUGAACGGCCACGAGGAUCCACUGACCCUGACCCUGCAGUGGCCUCGUCGCCUGCUCUCUCUUCAACUUCCCGGCAGCUGCUCUGCACCUGGAGGCCACAGCCUGCAUAGGUAAUACUUGAGGCAGCACAGUGGCUCUGCUGGGGACAUUGCUAGAGCCUGAAUGGGCACCUGAACCAGGGCAGUUGGGGGAUCUUACUGGCACCGCACUGCUUUGGAGCCUGAGGACUUUAAUUCCGGGGAAGGCGGCAGGAGCCUGAAGCAGCACAUGUUCUUGGGGGAAGCUCACAUCCAGGUCCUCAGCCAGCACUCAAGGUGGGGCCCAGGGAGAGACUCUGAGGACACCAACUCGACAGUGCCAGCCCCUAGCCACUGGGGCAGUGACUGCUCCUGUGCAGUGUCCCCUCCAGCCAGCGCAGGGAGUGACAUGCAUCUGUGUGCAGAUGUGUGUGCCUGGGCAUGACCCUGAAUGGACAGGGUGAUCUCCAACUCAGAUGAAUUACACUUCUGCUUACGCCUUGAUUCCCAAGGUGCAGCUGGGUGUGCAGCCCUCGCCUUGUCCCAAGGUGUUUCCUGCUGCUGGGGGAGGGACAGGCACCUGGACUUGUGGGAAGGCCAGAUGCAUGUGGACACUGCAUCCAUGGAGUGGUUUGUGUCCUUUGCCUGCAGAAACCUGGAAGGGCUGGGUAGGAGAUGUUAUGCAGCGCGCGUGCAACAGGAAAGAUGCCUGAGGUGCUGGUAACCAAAGACCCCCUUGCCUCGGUUUCUCUGGGGUAUAAUGCAGGUAAUUGGCUCCUCCCAGCCCUGUCCCUGGGAAGAGCCUGGUAGGAGCCAUCACCAGCCCAAGGGAGCGGGCUUGGCCCCUUGCGAAGGUCUCGGGUCUUGUUGCCCCUGGAUCGCAUUGUCUUUGCUCUCUGCCCCUCCCUGGGCAGCCUGGACUCGGGUCUCUGUCCAGGAACAGCAACAGCCACCUACUGCCAAGCAGCCAGAACGUGCUGGGAUUUUUCUCAGACAGGGAAACUACCCCUGGUUUUUAUGGAAAUGUAGAUGCCUACAAUGAUAAGACACUGAGAACAAAUGCCUUUUUAAAACAGUUUUUAAAGUGCCUUUUUGUAUGUCAGAUGUAACAUUUAUUUUUUUGAACAAUAAAAUUGUUUUGCCAAAAGCCA